AGCUUCAAGCUUUGAACUUCCAGUGAAGAAGAAAGAGGAAAUAGCUUCACUUUGCUGGCCCAGAAGCUGGCAGGAGAACCAGUCCAACCAGAACCAAACAUGGAGACGCAGCAUUCAGCUUCUAUUCAGUUUCUUUAAGGCUAAAAACCCAGCUGGUUAGAGUUUGAUUAAUAAAUGGAACACUGUUCCACAUAUCUGAUGGUUUUGGUAAUGUUGACAGAUUAUAAAGUUUGUUAUUCAUAAUUAAUUUCUGUUUGAUGUUUUUAGGAUGUGAAACAUUUUGAUCUGCUGUGUUUUUGACAUGCAGAGGUGACAUGUCCCUCGGCUGCUGUCUCUGUCUCAGCUUCCUGUUCAGGCAUCAGAUGAUGUCAUCAGGUGAUGUCAUCAGGUGAUGCUCAGUAACAUCAGCAGCAGGAAGUGAUGAAGUUGAAGGCAUCACUGUUGAUCAGAUUAACAUUCAGACGUUCAUCCUUCCAGACAUGAGAACUCCGUCUGUCUGCUUGGCGAUUGGUGAGUCCCACUCUGCACACCUUCACCACCACCACCAUCUUCAUCAUCAUCAUCAUCAUCAUCAUCAUUAUCACCACCAUCAUCAGCUCCAGGUUCUCUGUCCGCUCCAGGCUUCAAAGCGGUCAGAGAUCUGAGCAUUUAUCAUUAUAAUGUUUUUAUGGUUCUGUAUAUUUGAUGGUUUAAAUCAGAACCCAAAUCCUUACUGCAGACUUGUGGCCCUCAGUCCAGAUCUUGAUCCAGAAAACAGAUAUGGAUCCAUUCUGGGUUUUCAGGUCUGAAGAGCCAAAGCUCCAUCAGUUUGGUUUGAACUGCUAAAGAUGUGACAACGAUCUGUUGAUGGGCUUUAACUUGGCUAGACAACUGCAGGUUACAGGUCAAGUGAGCGGGCUGCUAAUUUUGGGUUAGCUUUGCAUACUAAUAGUUCACCAGGAAAAGAAAGAUGGAGGAUUAAAACCGUCAGACUGUCGGUUUAUGGUUCACUGCUGAUGGAUUUAUGUAUUCUACGUCCAACAAUACUAACUGGGUCAGGUACUGUUGGAUCUGGCUCUGUUCAGCUCAGUGGAAACUUCUGAUUCAGAUCAAAGAAAUGAAGAAGAAAACUUGCGCAGUGACCUGUUUUAAUCACCAUGGAAACCACUGCUGGACGUCCAUCUUGUCCUCCGUUAUCUGAUGGUGGUUUGAUUUCUGCUGAUCGCAGCUUUUUCACCGAGAUGUCUGAUCUGAAUCGGACCUGCACCAGAUUCUGGUUUCCGGUCCCUCAACGACUGCAAGAUUCUGAAGGUCCUGAAAGGUUCUGAAAGGUUCUGGAACAAACUUUGAGGUCUUCUGCUGACGGUUGGACCGACCGUCUCUGCAGUGUCUUUGAGGGUGAGUCCAGACCUGCAGCAGUUCUUCAGGGACCAGUCGGUGAAUCUCAGCUGUGAAGACCCGUUAGACUCUGUUGGUUUGGUGGUGAAGAAGAAGAAGAUGACAGGAGGUCCAUCAGCGUCCUGCGGUGUGGACUUUGGGAGGUUGUCUUCUCCUUCCUCCUGUUGUCUUUGGGCUCACCAGGACUUCUCUGGGUCGUACUGGUGUGAGACCAGAACCGGAGUCUGGAGCGACCGGGUCAACAUCACAGCCUCAGAUAAACGUCUGAUCCUGCAGAUCCCUGCACUUCCUGUAGGAACAGGAUGUGAUGUCACUCUGAACUGCACAGGAAAGAACCAACGCGCCGUCGCUGCGUACUUCUUCUUCAAUGGGCAUCUGGUUGGUUCUGAUCUCAGAGAGAACCUUGUCCUCCAGAACCUCCAACCGUCUGAUGAAGGUUCCUACUGGUGCUCUACUGAUGAGUUUGGGUCGUCCCUUAAGAGCCUGCUGAGGGUCAGAGGUUCUCCAACCCCAAAUACCUUUUGGUCCUCUCCUGCCGUCCACCAGUCCUCCCUGUCUCCUCCAUCCAACUCCUCCAUCUUCAUCCCAGUCCUAUCAACAGCAGGUUCUCUAGUUUCUCUGGUUCUGGUCAUUUUGCUGAUUCUGCUGUUUCUGCUGGUUCUGGUGGUGUCUCUGGGUCCAUGGAAACAUCAGGAAGGCAGGAACCAGCAAUGUCUUCCAGGUGGCGCCACCUCCACCCAGGUCGUCUUCAGACCUUCAGCCAAUGGGAUUCCAUUCAGACGUUCACAUGACUGUCCCGUCCAAUCAGAGAUGACCUCCUGCAGAUACAGCUGCAGUCCCUCUGGUGAAGCUCAGGUGUUUGGUUCCUCAGGUUUUCAUAUCUAAUAAUAAAUCUGUUCUGAUAUCCAUCCAGAGAUGUUUCUGGAUGGUUUAUAAACCAGUUUAAGACUCGUUUACUGAUUGAAUGAACACAAAGAAAUAAAAGAAAAAUGAAUGAAAA